ACCAAACAAUUCCGCGCCGUAACAAUGUAGUUCCAUGCGGAAACUUUAUGGGGAUACAUCUGGAAUCAGCUAGAAAUGAUCAUCAAAUUUACAGAGCCUCCAUCAGUUCUCUAACAACUACCGCCAACGUACUAGCGCCUGCUGGUGGGUCGCAAGGUAAUGAUGGAGUGGCUAAAAAGACGGACAACUGUGGAGGAAACAAAUUCGCCCCGGCGUGCAUUGAUCCGCAACUGGUGGCCUACUAUGAUGAAAUAGUUGAUCUACCGAAUCAUCCCGAGAAGCUUCUGAUCGACGUUCGCGAGCCUACUGAGUUGGCCGCCACGGGUCGCAUUCCGACGAGCAUCAACAUCCCAUUGAAAACCGUACGAACUGAGCUUACUCUCAGUCCGGAGACAUUUGAAGCUAAGUACGGGCGCCAAAAACCUACAGCUGAAGAUCCUAUCAUAUUUAGCUGCCGUUCAGGUGUCCGAGCAGGGCAAGCAGCAUUUGAGGCCGAACAACUUGGAUUCCACAAUGUGAAAAACUAUGUUGGCUCAUGGCAGGAGUGGGGACCGCGGCAUGGCUUGCCCCGCCGAAAGUACCAGUCGUUUCGAUUCUUUUGGAGUUGCUGUCUCGGAAGUAAGAUGUCGAUAGCAACAUAUGAAGAGGUGUUGGAUUUGCCCAACCAUCCCGAGAAGCUACUGGUCGAUGUACGAGGCCCAGAGGAGCUUGCCGAAACGGGAAAGAUUCCAACGAGUAUCAACAUUCCACUCGAUAAAGUGAAACAAGCUUUCGGUCCGGAAACGUCGGAUGAGGAGUUUGCAAGGCUUUAUGGAGUUCCAAAACCAGCACCUGAUCACUAUCUUAUCCUGUCUUGCCGCACCGGACGUCGUAGUCAGAUGGCACUCGAAGCGAUCACAGAGUUAGGUUACAGAAACGCCCGUAACUACAAGGGAUCCUGGACGGAAUGGGCCGCAAAGCAGGGGAAAUGAAAGCCCAGGUUUGAUACCUUAGAAUGUUGAAAAAGUGAAUCUGCUAUCAAUCUUCAAUCUACAAAACGGUGCUUCAUUGCUUAUGGAAAAGGGAGAAAUAGCACGAUUAUUUGUUGCAACAUAUUUGAGUUGAAAUACAUUGUACUCCCAUUCCCCCCAAGGAAAUUCGUUCUUUGCGAUUCUGCUAUUUAUUUAUGUCACCGUGGGAUUGUUUAUUCUGCUAUACUUUGUUUGUAAGAUGUGUGUAUACAUGAUUCAAACAAGCGCACAUUCUUACGUACCAGUAGCAGAGAAAAUAAUAUGCUGAUUAUUAG